CAUCAAUAUAUGGAAAACGAGUCGAUAUAUUCUAAUGAUCUUUCUAUUAAUCCAGUUCUUAGACACAUGACUGACCCUCUUUAAGCUCACAUCUAAGCUCGCUGUACUUCUUUCUGUUUCGAAAGUGAGUGAAACCAAAUACUUUAGGAACACAGCUGGAACAACUUGCGUGUCAAGUGGGAAUUUUCUCGGUUUUUCACUAAUUCCGUGUGAUGUGCCGUAGAGUGCUGUCUUGAAGUUCAAAGCAGUCUUGAAGUAAAAUUUGUAUCUCGGGAAGGAAAGAAGGAAGAGUAUAAAUCGCAAGAAGUUUUCUACACCUUUUGAAUGCAAUACCUACGUACCAUGGAGACUGGGACCAAACACGUGAUCUUAACAACCAGCCUCGUCAUCAUGCAGAUUUUGUCCAUAUUUGGCAACAUGAUGCUCUUCGUGGUGGUCUACAGAAGGCCUAGUCUUCGCACGCGUACUAAUAUGUUCAUCUUGAACCUCGCAGCCGCUGACCUGGGCGUGGCAAUCACGUGCAUGCCAUUCUCCAUAGUCACGUGUUUAACGCAAACGUGGAUAUUUGGUGAAGCGUUGUGUCAAUUUAACGGAUUUGCGAAUAUCGUUUUUGGGAUGUGCUCGCUCCUGACUUUAACGGCCAUCAGUAUUGAGAAGUACUGCGCUAUAGUGAAACCGCUGCACAGGUGGAUUACGAGACGACGAACUGUUACGAUGCUGGCAGUCACGUGGUUCGAGCCUGUGUUGUUCGCUUCGUUACCGUUGUUUGGCUUUACACGAUUUGUUUACAAGCAAGGAAGCACCCAAUGCAGCGUCCAAGACCCAGUAUCUCUCGGCCAGACUAUACACGCAGCUAUUGUCUUCAUCAUCGCUUAUGUUAUCCCGCUAAGCACCAUGGGAUUUGCUUACGUCAAGAUUUUUAAGGCCGCUGGCCAACACAAUCGUCGUAUCAAGCAAAAUUCCCCUAAUAAGGCGUCUGGUACAUUAUCGAGUCAAGCUCAAAUUGCCUGGACAGUUUUUAUAAUGCUGAUAGUUUUUAUAAUAUGCUGGACGCCAUACUUUGUAUACGUCAUCUAUGUCACAGCCAAUCAUGGUCAAGACUCUAAAUCACGUGAUUUAGCUCUGGCCGCUUAUUGGUGCGUCUUCAUGAAUAGUACUUUGAACCCGUUUAUUUAUGGUAUUCGUAAUCCAAGUUUCAGGGUCGAAUUUAAAAACAUUAUGUUGCUAUUGACAGCAAUCUGUGAUUGGUUUAAACAUGGAAGAACUGGAAGCUCGGUGGCGUCAUUUUCGGUUGCUCAGCCGACCGGAAGUGACGGAUCAUUGGACGUUGCUAAGGAGUUUCCGUUCAAAUCUAAUGGCGCUAUUAAAUUGGUUGGUUACCAUGAUAACAAAUGUUACAUAGAUGGAGACUGUAACCAUGGUGACGAUACGUCAAAUUCUCCUCAAAGUCACAAAAUGUGUGGAGAUGCAAAUACAAAACAAAUCUAUUCAAAUCCGUUCAUAGUGAUAAACGAUAAAUCGUGAAAUAAAUUGAAACGCUUGGUUGCCUUAU